AUGGUAUGUCAUAUUCCCUCCUUCUUCCGAAACUCGUACGAUUCAGAUAACACCACAUUCUCCCCACAAGGAAAGUUAUUCCAAGUUGAAUACGCUUUAGAAGCAGUCAAACAGGGAUCAGCAGCUAUCGGCUUACGAUCCAAGAAUCAUGCUGUAUUGUUGACUCUCAAGCGAUCAACAGGUGAAUUAGCGACGUAUCAAAAGAAGUUGAUAAGGAUCGAUGAUCAUGUCGGUGUGGCUAUUGCCGGUCUGACGAGUGAUGCGAGGGUAUUGAGUAAUUUCAUGAGACAACAGGCUAUGAGAUCUAGGAUGACUUUCGGGAGAGCUAUACCUGUAGGAAGGAUCGUACAAAGUAUUGCUGAUCGAGCUCAAACGAACACACAAGAAUACGGUAGAAGACCAUAUGGUGUAGGAUUCUUAGUUAUCGGACAAGAUGAAACUGGCCCACAUCUAUACGAAUUCUCACCUUCUGGAACUGCUUUCGAGUAUUACGCUCAUUCGAUUGGAGCGAGAAGUCAAAGUGCUAAGACUUAUUUGGAGAAGAAUUUUGAGAGUUUCGAAGAUGCCCCACUGGCAGAACUGAUCAAUCACGGUCUUUCCGCCCUUCACGACACCCUACAACAAGACAAGUCACUCUCCCUACACAAUACCUCCAUCGCCAUCAUCGGCCCUCCCGACGCGGAAAUUGAGAACCUAGCUCAAUCUGCCGCUGCCAAACGAGGUAAUUUCAGGGUAUGGGAGAACGAGGGAGUAGAAGAAUUGUUGAAAGCUUGGAGAAGAAGUAGGGGUGAGCCUGAAGAUGGACCUCAAGAGGAACAACCUGCUACUCAACCUUCGGCUGAACAGGCUCAGUCUGCCGAAGGCAGUGAGAACGCUCCUGCUGGUGCACCUGCGGGAGGGGAGGAUGUGACUAUGGAGGAGCAAUGA